ACUUUUCUCACACAUCAAGGUGUUUAUAGGUAAUCAAAACCAUGACACGCCAGAAGUGCGUACAUUUGAUCCAGUGCUGAUGCGUUUCCUGCGUAUCUACCCUGAGCGUGGCUCUCCCGAUGGCAUGGGAUUACGACUGGAGGUUUUAGGGUGUGACCUGCAAGAGCCCACAACACCUCUUCCUCUUGCCACUACUAUGGAGACUACAGCAGCUACAGUCACUAGCGCUAGUAUGCUACUAGGAAACAUCCCAACAACUACCACUUUUCCAACAACGGCAGAGAAUUGCGAUGAUGAUGAUGGAAACUGCCAUAGUGAUGCAUUGACAGACUACGACACAACAGAAACUGCAGUGUCAGAGCCAUUUCUGGAGAUGGAAGAAGCACCUGGUGAGUAACUAAACAAAAACAAAUAGUGAAAA